CGCAAUGUUAACUGUAUAUACUUGUGUGAGGAGCCGGAGACGCACCGGCUGUACAGUAUGAGCGACAUGCACGCGAGCAACGGCGUGUGCGCGCAGCUGUACGCGUCGCGUGCGCGCGCGCGCGGCGAGUACAGCGUGCCGUGCGUGCACGCGUGCAGCGGCGAGCAGCAGCGCGCCGGCGCCGCCGCCUGCCGCCGCCACCUGCUGGGCCUGGGCCACGUGGCCGUGGACGCCGCCAGCGGCGAGCUGCUGGGCCUCGUCUCCUGGACCUGCGCCAACGCGCCCGCCGACAUACGCCGCAGGAGCGGCCUGCCGAUGCCGCUCGGCAUAGUCGUGCCUAACAGGAUGACCUUUUACAUGGACGUGGACUGCAGCAGGAUUAUCAAAGCGGACACAGGGCAUUGGAGUCGGCUGAGGAAAGGGUAUUACUAUUGGGCGUGUGGUGACAUAUACCUAGGACACCCUAUCCCUGACAAUAAAAUCCCUAAUAGAAAAGUGUUCGUGCUCUAAAAACUGCCAACAAAACCGUUCGUCGUCGUUAAAAAUAAGAAUAGAUUUAUAAAAUUCCCGAUAUUUUAUUAUCAUCUGACUUCCUCCGCGAGUA